CCUCGAUGCACCGUUGAGCCGUUAAGGAAACCGUGAAGCAAAUGGAAACGGUAUGCGCAGGCACAAUGAGGUUAUCUGGUUGGGUUUCGUCAACUCUGCAGCUUCUGCGCAGAGCAAGACGGCAAUUUAAUCACACGUCUCGUUGCUAUUGAUUCCUUUAAAUAAAUAAAAGUUCUAAAGGCGCAUGGCGUCCCGUGUCGCGGGCUAGCAAUAACAGCUAAAUUGGGUCAGAGUUGGGGCUGGGAUGUGACGCCUUGUGGAAGCAUCUGCAGGAAGGCGAGGCGAAGGACUGAAUGCCAUGGAGGACCCGAUGAUAAAGGUGUCGCCGAUCAAUGAGGGAAAACACGCGGACUUCUUCAGAUCUUUUCAUCCGCCGACCGGAGACCUCCGAGUAGGUUGUGAAGAACUUCAGAGGGGCUAGAGGAUAAUCUCCUGCUUAUGUCGACGUCAGUGUACAGCGUGGUUUUACUGUGAACACUACAGACUCCUAUUGUCUUUAAAAGUCAAAAGACAUUGGGCUCAGGGAGGGGGGUCGGCUUGGAGUGGUUCCCCGCUUUGGCCUAUUCAUGCUCGUCAUGAGCGUGCCUGCCCAACAGAAACCCAGCGCCAAACGGACGGGCAAACGCAUCACGUUCUUCAGCGAUCAGGGCGGCGAGCCAAUGAAGGAGAUCGCGCAGCAUCCCGACGGGGCCUACUUCGUCCCCAGCGGCACCGCCCCGGAGUCUGGACAAAGUGAGGCGGCAAGUACCGUGACCUCCAACCCAGAGGGUCCUCACAUGUACCUCAACUCUGUGAUCUUCAGCCCAGACAAGGGGGACCAGAGCAGGGGUCACUAUCAGCAGACUGUGCCAAUGAAGUGGGCUCACCCGGAGCCCAGUCAGCAGCAGCAGCAGCAGCAGCAGAGAGCUGCCUCUUGGAUGCCCAACUGGGGGCCAGCUUUCGCUAACUACACGAGGACCCAGAAUACUUUUGUGAAACCGAUGCACGAGACCCCGGGCCUGCAGCCGCACCAGCAGCCGACGAACGCAGCGGCGGACGGUGCAAAGUCUCGAGCGCUCGAAUGGGAGCAGCAGCAGGCUCCCCAAGCCUUUCACGAGACGCUGAAACCCGGAGCGCUGAACGCUCAGCAACAGAGCGCCCCCCACCCGGGAGGCAGCUCCGUCUUGCAGUCCUUCCAGUUAGCCUUCGGCCAGCCCAAGCAGCACCUGCCCGGUUAUUACCAGGCCUUCCAGGGGAACAGGAACACACUACCCAACCCGCCCAGCUACCCGCCGCCUCAUUCUAAACCCGCGCUCCACCUGCAGCAGCUGCAGAAUCAAGAACAAAUGCAACGGCAGCAACAGCAUCACGUCAUCCAGCAGCAGAUCCAGCAGCAGCACCACCAAAUCAUACGGCAUCCACACGUGCAGCUGCAGCAGCAGCAGCAGCAGCAGCUGCAGCACGAGCAGCAGCAGCAACAAAAGAUGCAACAACAGCGGCAGCAGCUCCAGAUUCAGCAGCAAAUGCAACAUCAGCAGUUACAACAACAAAACCCCCACGUGCUGGACUUUUUCUCCGGCGCACAAAAUGCACACCCGCAUCCACAGCCUGUGGUCGUGCACUCCCAGGAAUCCGCCGCCCCCGCUCCGCCAAAGAUCCAGGAACCGGCCAUCCAGGACGUCACGCCAGAACCCCAGCAGCCGUCCGACCCUCUGCAGGCCCCUCCUCAGCUCGAGCCUCCCUCGCAGUCCCAGGCGCAGCUCCGCAGAUCCCGCCGGCUGUCCAAGGAGGGCGGAGCGCCGUCGGACAACCCUUUUCUCUGCGCGUCCUCGGAUCAACCGGCGCCGGAAAACGGCGCCCGCGACGUUCAGGCGGCGCCCACGGGGGUCAUCCAGAGCACGCGCAGGAAGCGGCGGGUGUCCCAGGAGGUCAACCUGGAGAUGCUCGCUCAGGAGGCUUCAGAAAGGAAGUCGCCCUCACUCACUAAGGAGCCGCACAGGCCGUGGAGUCCCGCUGAACCGGAGGGCAUGAACGCCAAGCGGCCCCGAGACGACAGCCUCCUCCCGCUCGUCAUCCCCGUGUCCGUGCCCGUUCAGAGGCAGGAGCCCUCGUCCGCGGACAGGGACGGCGCAGCCCUGGCCGCCAGCUGGCCUCACAGGCCUCCCAGCCACCAGGAGCUCGGCCGCGCCGACCACAAGCCCUCUGUCAUCGUCACCCGCAGACGCUCGCUCCGGAACUCCCUGUCGGAAAGUUCGGAGCAGAACGACGGCACAGGGGGAGAGAGGGAUGACGACGGCAAGAAGUCCAAACGGCGUCCCCGGCCGGAGCCUCUCUUCAUCCCGCCGCCCAAGCCCAGCUUGUUCAUCGCCCCGCCCGUCUACUCCAGCAUCACGCCCUACCAGAGCCACCUCCGCUCCCCGGUCCGCCUCGCCGACAACCCCAUCACGAUGCCGCCGUACACGCCUCCGCCCAUCCUCAGCCCCGUCCGGGAGGGCUCGGGCCUCUACUUCUCCACCUUCCUCUCCUCGGCGGCAGGCGGCGGCGGUCCGGGCCUGCCACCUCCCGCCACGCCCAAAUCGGCAACUCGCAGCUUGUUGCGUUCCAACAGCUGUGACAUCACACCGCCGGUUUUGUCCGCCAUGAGCGAGACCACUCCAGUCUGCAUAGAGCCACGAAUAAAUAUCGGGUCGCGGUACCAGGCGGAGGUGCCAGAGCUGAGGCAGAGGUCAGCUGUCGAGCUGGAUCGCCAUCGAGCCGAACUGGUUUGGGCUCCACCGUCCGAGCUGGAGGAAAAACCAGACUUCCAGGGCAAAGUGGACGGUCUCAUGCACCUGGCCUGUUCCAGUGUCUUGCAUGGAGGAGGCACCAACCAGGAGUUGGCACACCAUUGUUUAAACGAGUGCAAAGGGGACAUAAUGGCUGCCCUGUCGCUGCUGAUGCUGAGAGAUCCCAUCUUCCCCAAGACUCAUCAUCUGUCCAGCUACCACUACUCAGGAUCAGACAGCUGGACGGCAGCUGAGAGGCGCCUGUUCAACAAAGGCAUGGCGGCGUACAAGAAGGACUUUUUCAUGGUGCAAAAGCAGGUGACUACUAAGACCGUGGCGCAGUGCGUGGAGUUCUAUUACACGUACAAGAAACACGUGAAGAUCGGCCGCACCGGAGCGCUAAUAUAUGGCGAGGCCGAGCCUUUGGAGAGCAAGACCACAGAGGAGGAACUGAACCACAAGGCCUCUCAAAGACUGGAGCCGCCGCAGCAGGAGGAGGACAGCAGGAAGUGGGACAGUUCAGCUGACAGGAAACAGGAUGUCUGUUCCACCAGGGUGACACACACGCUGCCGUCCACGGAGAAUCCCGGUACCGUCCUCAUCAUGAAGCCCAAGGAGGAGGUGGGGAGGGAGCAGCCGUUGUCGAGGGUCAUCCACCACGCCCAGCCACCGCCAACCAAGCCGCGCUUCGACGGCAACGUGCGCAAGCCCAGCCCUCCGUCGGCCAACAAAGUCUCCACGGGGCAGGAGGGGGAGUUCCCCUGUAAAAAGUGUGGCAGAGUUUUCUACAAGGUGAAGAGCCGCAGCGCCCACAUGAAGAGCCACGCGGAGCAGGAGAAGAAGGCGGCCGCCCUGCGCCAGAAGGAGGCGGAGGAGCGCGCCGCGGCGAGGGCCGCAGCCGAGGCGGCGGCCACCAUGGCGGCGCGGCAGCUGAACGGAACGCGGCAGGCGGGCUGCGACAGCGCCAACGACGACUCGUCGGGCGGAGACGACGAGGACGACGAGGACUGGCGGAAUUAGGGCGGCACGCAGGGACCCGCUCCACCAGGCAGGGCGGCUUAUUCUCUUUUAAAGAGCAGACGUACCUGCCCCCCCCCCCCCAGCUGGCGUAGAAACGCAGGACUACCGUCGCUCGGCGCAGUCGGACGCUCUAAACUCGUGAGCUUCUGGGAUUUGUUCGUUUCUCACCAAAAGUCCCAUUUACUCAGCUUGAAAAGCUUUUUUUUUUUUUU